AGAUUAUGUUCACGGGACUCAGAGUUGAAGGCUCCUCUCCUUACCCAGCAGCUCCGCACACCGCCCCGCGAGAUAGCCCGGCGCAACUUUCUUCCCUCUUUCUUUCUUCCCCUCGUUUUUUCCCACCGCUGGGUAGUGGCUGCGGCAGGGGUGGGCGAGACUGAAUGACCGAACUCGAGUCCACCUUUCUCUUCAUGUCGACGUCCCUGGAAAUAGUCACACGGAUGCCAUGGUUACUUCUGCCACGUCACACUUUCCGAAGGUCAUUCAAGGACUUUGUCUCCUUCCUUCUGGCAUGAGAGAGGUGAGACUCAGACAACCACAUCUUACAGGUGAACAAGGUGAUGUCCAUCUUGUUUUAUGUGAUAUUUCUUGCUUAUCUCCGUGGCAUCCAAGGCAACAGCAUGGAUCAAAGGAGUUUGCCGGAAGACUCUCUCAAUUCCCUCAUCAUCAAGCUGAUCCAGGCGGAUAUCUUGAAAAACAAGCUUUCCAAACAGAUGGUGGAUGUUAAGGAAAAUUACCAGAGCACCCUGCCCAAAGCAGAGGCACCCAGGGAACCAGAGCAGGGAGAGGCCACCAGGUCAGAGUUCCAGCCAAUGAUUGCAACGGACACAGAGCUACUACGGCAACAGAGACGCUACAAUUCGCCCCGGGUCCUGCUGAGUGACAGCACCCCUUUGGAGCCCCCUCCCUUAUACCUAAUGGAGGAUUAUGUGGGCAACCCGGUGGUAGCCAAUAGAACCUCACCACGGAGGAAACGCUAUGCAGAACAUAAGAGUCACCGAGGAGAGUACUCAGUGUGUGACAGUGAGAGCCUGUGGGUGACCGACAAGUCCUCAGCCAUUGACAUUCGGGGACACCAGGUCACAGUGCUGGGGGAGAUCAAAACCGGUAACUCUCCCGUGAAACAAUAUUUUUAUGAAACGAGAUGUAAAGAAGCCAGGCCGGUCAAAAACGGUUGCAGGGGGAUUGAUGACAAACACUGGAACUCUCAGUGCAAAACGUCGCAAACCUAUGUCCGAGCACUGACUUCAGAAAACAACAAACUCGUAGGCUGGCGCUGGAUACGAAUAGACACUUCCUGUGUGUGUGCCUUGUCGAGAAAAAUUGGAAGAACAUGAAUUGGCAUCUGUCCCCACAUAUAAAUUAUUACUUUAAAUUAUAUGAUAUGCAUGUAGCAUAUAAAUGUUUAUAUUGUUUUUAUAUAUUAUAAGUUGACCUUUAUUUAUUAAACUUCAGCAACCCUUACAGUAUAUAAGCUUUUUUCUCAAUAAAAUUCGUGUGCUUGCCUUCCCUCAGGCCUCUCCCAUCUGUUAACCUUGUUUUGUGAUUGGGCUCUCGGGAACCCUUCUGUAAAACCUGUGUACACCAGUAUUUGGCAUUCAGUAUUGUCAAGGCCAUGACUGUGGUUUCAGUAAACUUUCUUAAAAU